AUGCUGAAGGACAGCCGUCAGCAGCGUAUCCUGGCAGUGCUGCUCGUGCAACGAGCUAUCCCAGGACCUGCAGAGCUCAAGACCGAGCUCAUAUUCGCAAAUACCCACGUCAGUAUGAAGACUACCAUCGGGCUCGCUGGUCUGGCCUGGACGACCACUGUCAACGGCUUGUCGUGGCCAUGGAACAAGCGAGGCGCUUAUGAGUACCCACCGCCCUACGCUUAUCCGGAGCCAUACACCACCGUCGUCGAGACACAGUGUACGUCCACGCAGGUUGUUACUCUACCACCAGAGACUUCGUCGUAUGGCUGUCCGAUCACGACCUACGAUACCACGCCAUGCUCGUCCAUCGAGGUGAUCCCUGGCGAAGUGAGCUCCUACUCUUGCUCGACAGUGACAAAGGUCUCUGUCGGACAAAUGGCAUGUUAUCACGACCCAUGUCCCAUCCAGUACUCCGACAGCACCGUAUACAGUCCCUGCUCCACCACCCUUCCGGACAAGUCUACAACGAUCCACUACGAUUGCGAGAACGAAGGCACUACCGAGGUCCCUUGCGAGACUGUCAUCACGCCGACCACUACCUCUCUGUCAACAUAUCAGUGCACGACGACGGUGACAGUGACGGACACAUCUGUCAGCACGGAUACAGUGAUCAGCACUGAAUCUGUUCCUGUGCCAUACCCAGUACCAACAACGGUGGUUCAGACGAUCACAAAGGAUGGCUCAGUCGUAGUGACGACACAGACUCAAUCAGUUGCUGUGCCAUACCCCGUACCAACAACGGUGGUUCAGACGAUCACAAGGGACGGCUCAGUCGUAGUGACGACACAGACUCAAUCAGUCGCUGUGCCGUACCCUGAGCCAACAACAGUGGUUCAGACGAUUACGAGGGAUGACUCAAAUAUAGUGACGACGCAGACCACAACACGAGACGUUGUGGUGCCCACCACGAUCCUGGUCCCGACACUGUCAGUCUCCACGGUGACUGAGGAAGGUCAGACAUUCCUACGGACUUUCACGGUCACCAACAACGUACCAGUGGUGACCACCGCCAUCGCGACGGUCGUUUCGGUGGAGCAAGGAACCACAAUCACCUCGCUUCAGACCAUAACGCAGACUUUGCCAGCCAUAACGCAGACUCUGCCAGCUCCUGAGCCAGUGAUAGUCGUGUCGACCGUCCUGUCCGUCGAGCAAGGAACCACGGUCACCUCGCUUCGGACCAUAACGCAGAGUCUGCCAGCGCCUGAGCAAGUGAUAGUCGUGUCGACCGUCCUGUCCGUCGAGCAAGGAACCACGGUCACCUCUCUUGUGACAUUGACGCAGACGCAUGUCCUGUUACCGCCAGUCAUAAUCUCUCCGCCAGCUCCAGCAACGGCGACAGAAGCUGCUCCACCAGCGUCGUCACCGUCGCCUCCGCCAUCGCCUGUGUGCUCAAAUACUGGUGCUGUGCCCACACCGGACUCUGCUGGCUGUCAAGGCCGAGACUGCGCCAUCAUUUUUGACGAGAGAGCCUAUGUGCAUUGGGAACUUCUUCCGAACGGCCCACCACUGCUGACUGAGAUUGUCUUCGUCAACCCGUCCGCUCGCCAGACCUGCAUUACGACUUCUUGCAACAGCGAACUAUUCACUCAAUCCUACAGUACUAGCUUGACAAGCUGUGCCUUUCCACCUUGUCCCAGCAAUUUCCUCGACUGCAAAUGCAACAUCGUUGUAGGACUCAACCUUCCCAACGGACAAUCGACAUCAGUGUAA